AUGAUAAUCGCUCGACUAACUAACACACACUCUUUAUGUUGCCAAGAUGGAUGCGAGGACCGAGGAGUUUCUAAGGCUCAGUGUGUCAUGGCUGUUAUGGAUGCGCUUAAUGUUGCCAAGAUGGAUGUCAUGGGGCUGAGUUAUGGUGGUUUCGUGGCGUACAGCAUGGCGGCUCAGUUUAAGGAGCGGGUGGGGCGAGUGGUGCUGGGGUGCGCUGGAGUGAGCUUAGAAGAGAAGGACAUGGAGGAAGGGUUGUCUCAGAUGAGCAGUGUGGAUGAGGCCGUUAGUAUUUUGUUGCCUCAGAGUCCCAAGAAAGCUAGAGAGUUGAUGCGAUUGACGUUUCACAAACCUCCACAGACCCUUCCUACUUGUGUUCUAAAUGAUUAUAUUGAGGUGAUGUGCACAGAAUAUCGUCAAGAGAAGAAAGAACUGAUUCAGGCAUUGGGCAAGGAUAGAAAACUGUCUAAUCUUCCAAAGAUAACCCAGCCUACGCUACUAGUCUGGGGAGAAUAUGACCAGCUCUUCCCUCUGGAAUUGGCAUAUAGAUUAAAAAGCCAUAUUGGUGAAAACGCAGAAUUAGUUAUAAUGAAAAAUGUGGGGCAUGCACUUAAUGCAGAGAAGCCUAAAGAGCUGUGCAAGCACAUGAAGUCUUUUCUCAUUCACACCCUACCUCCUACUAAGCAAUGAAAUGAUCGCAAAGCAGAUUGAAAUGUCUGGUAACAGGGCUGAAACCCUGCUUUGAUGAUUCGCAGUGAGCAGAUUGCCUGCUGCCACUACUAUAUACGAUAGAAGGUUGCCUUGCAUAUAGAUAUUUUGAGUAGCUUAGCACUAUAUACACACUUGAGUAACUUGCUACUACAAGCUUGUUAAAGAUCCAAUUAAAGAUUUAAUUGAUAUUAUGUUGCUGGUGGAUUUGCAUUUAAAUUACUUAAUAAUAAAAAUUUGUCCUGAGAUAUUUCUUCUUCUUUAA